AUGAGGUGGAGACGUCGAACGUACGCUUCCCUGUUCCUGUGCUGCUUAAUUCUAGCCGCUGCCACCUCCCACGGCUUUGCGCGGGAGGAGGCCCGAAAGAGGACCGCCGUUAGUACAGUCGUCGGCAUCGGCCGGUGCAAGACGGAGAAGGCCGGAAGCUGUCCGGAGGCCAACAGUAGCAUCGUGGAGGACGACAAGCACAUUGUGCCCACCGGCUCCAAUCCCCUGCACAACAAGCUAAGAGAGCUGCACACACUAAAGGGUCAUGUGGAAUCAGUGGUCAAGCUGAAAGGGCUUGACAUCGACACCAUUCAGCAACAUUACACAGUUUAG